AUGAGAACUGUAGCCCGGGUAGCCGCUGCUCAUGCCACGAAACAUGAACAUGCUGCCUGGGACUGCAGCUCUGUGCCAAGAAGAUUGGCCACCUUGAUACAACACUUCCGCCGUCAUCUGAACGAGAAGGAUGUGCAAGAGGACUGCAUCCUCGCUCUGCAUAGCCUGCUCAAAGUUCCUGCAGUAGCUUUGAUGCUGCCGUGUGGUGACACUUCGAAGAGGGCGCUGCAUGAAAUCGAGCAAGCAGGUGCCGAGAUUGCCAUCGUGGCCGAGACAAGUUUUUGGGAUAGCCCCAGGAUGCUCUACGUCUUGAAAGCCAAGCAGGUCACAACUCAAAGCCCAGUGGAGCAGCUGCAAAACCUCCUGGAGGUCGCUGCUGCAGCGACGCUACAUUUGAAGCCUGCUGAAGGUCCAUGGCUGUGGGCUCUGCACGAGCCUGACGUUUCAGCCGCGCUCCUAAUCUGCGAGGCACUGGAUGACACAGAGACUUGCUUCUGGCGCGCACUUCGCAGUCUGCGCAUCCUGUCGCCUGUGUGCUUGGUGGAGCAACUGCGACAUGUCAGAGACCAGUACGCUCCAUGCACUACGUAUAUUCUGGCCUGGAUGAGCCUCUAUGCACAGGGUAUGUGGCCUUUGCUUUGCUUCUGUGUACCUUUCGCGUUCAUCUUCAACGAAAAGCCGGAACUGCUGGGCGCGUCGAGUUGGGAGUUCUACACGCUCCAG